AGUUGAAGAAGCUGGAUCUCUCCAGAUGUAACCGCCUGACCUCCUACGCCAUGUCCAUGGCUCUGAGUUACCUUCCCAAACUGGUCUACCUCAACCUGUACAGCACCAACUGUACCGACGAAGUCCUGGGCACGAUCGGCGCGAUCUGUGUCCAGCUACGAGACCUCAACAUCUGUAAAACACACAUAACUGACAAGGGAAUAAUUUCCCUCUGCGGGGGAGGUGACGGUAUUCACGGGUGUAGAAAGCUGGUCAGUUUAGAUGUAUCAUUCAAUCCGAGAAUAACCAUCAAAGGAGUUAAACACGCACUAAGACAACUGCCUAACCUCAGACAGUUACUACACAACGAUGUGUGUGACGCCUUGGUCGUUUUACACAAAGAAGCUUUCAAAGAAGGGAAGGCAACAACACCCUACCAGUUACGUAGUGGAACUGUGAAUGAUUUUGUCGUCCCUGUAAGUUUUCUUGAGAUAGUUGAUCUAGUCUGCCCCAAUCUGGAGUAUAUCUUCGUACUAAAUGAAAACCUUGAAGGUGAAGUACUUCAGCAUAUAUCGCGGCUAGCUCGUCUGAGAAACCUCUCAGUAUCGUGUACUGACUCCGUAGUACCGUUCAGUGAGGGGCUCAUGUCUCUCCUUGCGAGUGUUGGCCGUGGACUUGAAACUCUCACCUUGUACGGCUACGAUGACAUUGAUGUCAUCGCCAUCGGUCAGUCCUGUCCAAACCUGAAGACCCUCACCCUCGAAAGCUGUCACGGCUUUAAACUCGAACAUGCCCAAACUGUCAUCCCGACUGCUCUGUUCGGUAACCUGAAAUCUCUCAGGCUUGGAGUUGAGAUCAUUUCUAACACCCUCGAAGCAACCCUUCCCAACAGUCUGAAGAUUGUUCUGGAAGGGGGUCACCAGAUUGAGAACAUCGAGAUCACAAACGUGGAAGGGUUUACUGAUGAGUUGUUCCGGCAGGUGUUAAACCAGAACAGCUUCCAUAAGCUGCGAGAAUUUGCCCUGAUUGACUGUAACAACAUCACAGGCUCCAGCAUGUUUGAACUGUUGGAAGGAAAGAACAAUCUCCAGAGACUGGUGCUGCUGAACUGUAAGGAAGUGAUGAGAAGAGACUACGAUCAGAUGAUGAAGGUUGUUGCCAGGGAACACUUUCAGCUUGACAUAACGUGGACGUAAUUUUUUGGCAACACCACAGGAGUGGAGCUUGCUUCAUUUUGUUUUUGCACCUUUAAAACUUGAAACUUGAACAAGGACAACUAAAAAAGACACAUUGUUUUGUUUGUACAUAUAUCCUGUAAAUAUAUUGAUUUCUAAAGAUCAUACUACAUUAUUUGGAUGUUUUUUUCCUAAUUUCUAUCAAUUUCAGCUGUAAGUGCACAAAUUUUUAUGACGUUCUAUGAUACAAAGAGUCCGU